AUGAUCACCCUUUGCUAUAAGCUCCUAUAUAAAGGAAAAUUCAUCCCUGUGGGGCGGAGAGUAUUCAGGGAAAAACUGAUAAGUGGGAGGAAACAAAAAUCUCCCAUCAUUUUGCUGCCGCCGUACAUAUCCAUACACGAACUUAGGUUAAUGCUCAACAUAGAUUACGACACCUGUUUCAAAGCGGCAAAUGUGUACAAGAGUGGAAAUAUGUACAAGUGGAAGGACUCCGAAGAUAGGACCUUCCAAAGUGUAAACAAAAGGAACGUAAUAAUCCCCUACAGUACUGCUGCUUAUGUGAGUAAAAUAUUCAAAUUUAAACCUAGACUGAUCCAAGUGGAAUUAUUUUGCGAAGAGGAAGAGAAAAGGAGUGGGACGCUGCAGGAUGUGUACAGGAAGGUCUACUUGGCGGAGGAGUACCAUGCAAAUGUUUUGAGGCUUCAAAGAGCGUCCACAAACGAUGCAAAGCUUGCGCCCGUUGCGACCUCUCCCCCUGUGCGGGCCACCCCCAAUGGACCUCGCAAUGGGAGCAGCUAUGACCCCCCGAGUUUACCGCCCAACGGGCAAAGAACCCCACUGGAACAUAAGAAGAAAAACUACUACACUGUCGUGUCCGUGAUAGGCCACAUCAACCAUGGGAAAACCACCAUGCUGGACAAAAUGACAAACAAUAACUUAGCCUUAAGUGAAGCGGGAUGUAUUACACAAAAUAUAAAACCUAUACAUUUCGAACAUGGACCUUUUAAGUUUACCUUUGUGGACACCCCAGGACAUAAGGUUUUUCAAAUCUUCAGAGGAAGAGCAGCUUUCCUCUCAGAUAUAUUAAUCAUAUUAAUUUCUUUAGAAGUAGGAGCAGAAAUACAAACAGAGGAAGCAAUUAAAUACGCAGACAAAUAUUCCAUCCCAGUUAUCUUUGUUCUAAACAAAGCAGAUGUGUAUGGACAAAAUGAGUCUAUAGUAAAAGCAGAGUUAAGAAAACAAUGCACAAAUAUGUAUGAUGAGGGAAAUUUAAAGCAUAAUUUUUCGAAAGAAAUUGAAAAUGCGAUUGCUAUAUCCUCACUGACGGGUUACAAUUUGGACAAGCUAUUCAACAGGCUGUUUUUUAUUUCUCAUUAUAUUGACUUGCCCUAUCACAGUGUGCAUAGCUUCUACAACAAUUGUGAGGCCAUGCUGGGGGAUGCCGCCUUCCCUGUUGGGAACUCCCCCGUGGGAGGUAACUUGCCUGAUAAUGCCCCUGUCGGUAACACGCAUCAUGAUAAUACCCCCCGUGAGGAGAAAACCCACCCAAGCAUGCACAAUGCAGAGAAAGCAAAGGAAAGGAGAAAAUCAGAUCUGAACCAACUGCAAAAGUAUAUUAGAAAAUCGGACUGCCUACUAGCCAUAGACAAAAACCCAGUGGGCAUGGGCAUGGUGGUAGAUAUAAGCAAAGACUCCAGCAAGGGCACAAUUCUUCAUGUCAUUGUUCGAAACGGAUUUUUCAUCGAAGGCAGUUAUUUUAUAUGCGGUUCUGCAUAUGGAAAAAUUCAAAAAAUGUAUAAAUUCAAUAGUAAUUUUAAAGAGAGCUGCAGCUAUGCCGCCAUAGGGAUGGCUGUACUAGUCAGUGGAAUUAAAAAGCAUGGAAACGCAACAACAGAUGAUAUAAUUUUUACCCUUCCACAGAGUAAUGCUUUUAGGUUAUGUCAGUAUAGACUCAUGGUCGAAAAGCUAGCCACUCUGCAGGUAAGUGGAAAAGAAAUAAAAGUUUCCUGGGAAAAUGAUAUGAAGAAAAAUCAAUUCCAUGCGGAAGAUAUUUAUCAAAAUAGACUCGCAAUGUCAGAUAAAAGAAAAGCCAUCGAAGAGUUCGGCAUAGAACAGGAAAACAUAUUCGAAGAUGUAUCUGUGCAGGAAUUCCACAAAAGUAACACGCAAAGGAAGAAGGAGGAAGAGGAGGAACAAGAAGAGGAUGAAUCUCUAAUAAUACAAUUGGAAGAAGAAAACAAAUAUGAGGACCUAUUCAGAGAUAAGAAAAAAAAAAUACAAUCCAUCCUCUCGCAGGGUGAUUCAAAUGAAAGCAUUUUAGUACCUGAAGAAAACACCUUUUCGUUUUUUGAAAGCCCCAAAGUGGGUGCACACCUCGGUUCGUUGGUCAGUUCCAACUGGGGAGGAGGCAGUCACCAAGAGAAGGAUCAGCUAAACAGUCCAAGCGGAGCACCAAAUAUAAAUCCCGUGAUACACGACCAAGGGGAAGCAGCAAACGAUAUCACGAACGAAACAAAUAAUUAUGUUUCAACGAAACCUUAUAACGCGGAAAGUGCUACACUGUAUAAGUGCGCAAAAGGGGAAAUAAAGGAGGACGCACCCGAGGAGACAGGACAGACACACCCCGUGUUCGGCAGAUCCCCCCCUGUAAGAGGAAGGAAUAGCAGACACGCCCAGAAUUCCAGCGCAACGAAUGGUCAAUCUUCUGGAGAAGCGGCCGGCUCUCACAGCGAACCGUACACCGAUGAGAAGAAGGUGAACGACCCAUGGUACUACGAAGAAAGCGAAGAGACGUGGGCGAAAAAAGUACUCCAAAGAAAUGAUGAACUUAUGGAAACGUGGAGAAACAAAACGAAGCAAAGGGAAAUCGAAAAGGAGAGACAAAUUUUUUACGAAAAACAAAUGAUUUUGAAAAAUGAAAUUCUAAGGAGAAAACUCUUGGGAGAAGAAAAACUAACUGAUGAAGAGAUUAACGCAUAUCUCUAUGAUGAAGAAAAAAGCAGUGCAAAUAAUUCCCAAGCAUCAAGCAACGAUGAGCCUAUGGAACUACCCCCAAAAAAUUGCCCAGUUAUACCCAUCAUAAUCAGAACCAACUAUGUUGGAAUGUUUGACAUAUUUCUGGACGAAUUUGAAAACCUCCAAAAAAUUCAUAAUGUUAAAAUAUCCGUCGUUCAUGGUGGAAUAGGUCCCAUAACCCCAAACGACGUUGUGCAUGCAGAAGUAGAAAGUAAUUUUGGCUAUUGUUGCAUUUACGCUUUUCAAGUAAAAGUUUUACCUGACUCGGUAAAGCAAUCAGUGCUCUCCAAUAUUGUUAUAAAACAAUUCGAUGUCUUCACCGAUCUAAUAGACGAUGUUGUAAAUAGAAUUAAAAAUAUUAAGGCACUAAUUGCGCAUAAUAUGUAUGUGCGAAGUCUCAAAAGUGAAAGAACACAAGAAGGGGUGUAA